AUAACGAUGGAUGUACAAAUCUAUCACCGACGAGCGAAGCCGCUUUGUUCUCUGUCACUCCGCCGCAAAAGAAAUGGCAGAAGCAGAAGAGACGAUGAUGGAAUUGGCAGCCGUACAAGCUGUAUAUGGAGAAGAUUGCGUGAUUCUUAAUUCAUAUCCGCCUCAUCUUCACCUUCAUAUCAAGCCUCGAACAGCUAAUGUAUCUUCUCAGCAGUUUGUGGAAGCAGUUAUCGGCAUACGAGCAGGCCCCAAGUAUCCCGACGAAGCACCUUCUAUUGAUCUGAUAGAAUCCAAAGGUCUUGACCAACAAAGGCAGAAAGACUUGAUAAGCAGUAUACAAGACAAAGGAUGUGAACUCUCCUCCGAUUUGAUGCUUGUUGCACUCUGUGAGGAAUCGGUGGAGAAGCUUUCAUCAAUGAAUCACCCUGAUGGAAACUGUCCAUUGUGUUUGUAUCCUUUGGUCCCCAAAGAUGAGAAUGAUGAAGUCUUGCCAUUUAUGAAGUUGAUGUCUUGUUUCCAUUGCUUUCAUGGUGAGUGCAUUGUUCACUGGUGGAAUUGGCUCCAAAAGGAGAAAGAAGACAAUGCAUCAUGUGGAGACACCUUGCACCCUAUAAGAGUCAUGAGAAAUGAAAGAGCAUUGGAAGAAAACAUAGGAAACUGUCCAGUUUGCCGUAAAGUUUUUCAUGCCAAAGAUCUUGAACAUGUGCUUAAUUUGGUUGGUAGUCAAUCCUCACAACUGAGAAUUUCUGAUGUUUCUGAAGUUGAUGACAAUGACAAGCUCCUUCAGUCUGAUUCUGAGAACAUGAGAAAACAGAAAUUCGAGGCCAUACAAAAAUUGCAGCAAGAAAGAAAUGGUCUAAUUGAACCUAAAAAAGAACUAGUUGUUUUGCCUGGUAUGUUUCUUUCACAACCAGCCCCAUCGUACACUGCAACAACAACCAAAGAAACCACUGAGCAAGAACUAAGAGAGCCACCACUGCAAGAACCAGCAGAACUGCCUGCCCCUUUGGAAAGAAACCGUACGGGUGCCUCAAAUAGGCCUGGUACUAGUAGGCAAUGGAAUUCAGGCAUGAGGAAACCAAGAGCAAGUUAUCCUAGAAAGCAGGUCCAAUCUUUAAAUACGUAAACUUGGUGGCAUUAACAAAAUUAUUAGAAAACUAAAAGCGCAUUAACAUUAUUUGUAUACAGCAUCGAGGAUUUGAAGUAGAAGUCGGCAAGUGAUUUGAUUUUUGUACGUAAUAUAUGAGGCCAUUUUUGGCAGUUGGCUUGGAAGCCUGCCCAAGUAGUCCUAGUAGUCGACGUAUGCGUGUACGCAAGACCAAAUUUUUGAGUUUGAUCCAUAUAAGUUUUAACUUGCCUAAAAUAGAAACUACGACACAACUAGCAGCCCAAAUCAAUACAAGUUCAAACAUAAUCUUCUUGUACUCUACCAUCGCGUACAUUAUUAAAUACUUCCAACUCAAAUAACCCCAUAAGUGAAAUUAGGGUUGAAUUUUAUUUGAA